AGAAGCCCAGGGCCAUUCUCACAUUUCAACACGUAGAGUUAAGGAAGGGCCUCUUCCUCUGUGAGAAUUCAGCAUUUUGCAACCAUCCAAAAAUGUUGAGGGCAUGCUUUGCUUCCAGGGCAGACAGAGCAGCACAGUGAGCAUGGGACACAGGAUCCCUGACUUGCUGUGUGCCCUUAAACCAGCCACGACCUCUCUGACGUUCAAAAUUGAGCAAUGGAAGGCAGCCUGCCCAACUGUUACCUGCCUGUCAUCAUGAAAGCCUGCGGAUGAGUGCAGAAUACAGAAACUGCAGCCAUGACCACGCACGUCACCCUGGAAGAUGCCCUGUCCAACGUGGACCUGCUUGAAGAGCUUCCCCUCCCCGACCAGCAGCCAUGCAUCGAGCCUCCACCUUCCUCCAUCAUGUACCAGGCUAACUUUGACACAAACUUUGAGGACAGGAAUGCAUUUGUCACGGGCAUUGCAAGGUACAUUGAGCAGGCUACAGUCCACUCCAGCAUGAAUGAGAUGCUGGAGGAAGGACAUGAGUAUGCGGUCAUGCUGUACACCUGGCGCAGCUGUUCCCGGGCCAUUCCCCAGGUGAAAUGCAAUGAGCAGCCCAACCGAGUAGAGAUCUAUGAGAAGACAGUGGAGGUGCUGGAGCCGGAGGUCACCAAGCUCAUGAAGUUCAUGUAUUUUCAGCGCAAGGCCAUCGAGCGGUUCUGCAGCGAGGUGAAGCGGCUGUGCCAUGCCGAGCGCAGGAAGGACUUUGUCUCUGAGGCCUACCUCCUGACCCUGGGCAAGUUCAUCAACAUGUUUGCUGUCCUGGAUGAGCUAAAGAACAUGAAGUGCAGCGUCAAGAAUGACCACUCUGCCUACAAGAGGGCAGCACAGUUCCUGCGGAAGAUGGCAGAUCCCCAGUCUAUCCAGGAGUCACAGAACCUUUCCAUGUUCCUGGCCAACCACAACAGGAUCACCCAGUGUCUCCACCAGCAACUUGAAGUGAUCCCAGGCUAUGAGGAGCUGCUGGCUGACAUUGUCAACAUCUGCGUGGAUUACUACGAGAACAAGAUGUACCUGACCCCCAGUGAGAAACAUAUGCUCCUCAAGGUGAUGGGCUUUGGCCUCUACCUAAUGGAUGGAAAUGUCAGUAACAUUUACAAACUGGAUGCCAAGAAGAGAAUUAAUCUUAGCAAAAUUGAUAAAUUCUUUAAGCAGCUGCAGGUGGUGCCCCUUUUCGGCGACAUGCAGAUAGAGCUGGCCAGAUACAUUAAGACCAGUGCUCACUAUGAAGAGAACAAGUCCAAGUGGACGUGCACCCAGAGCAGCAUCAGCCCCCAGUACAAUAUCUGCGAGCAGAUGGUUCAGAUCCGGGAUGACCACAUCCGCUUCAUCUCCGAGCUCGCUCGCUACAGCAACAGUGAGGUGGUGACGGGCUCAGGGCUGGACAGCCAGAAGUCAGACGAGGAGUAUCGCGAGCUCUUCGACUUAGCCCUGCGGGGUCUGCAGCUUCUAUCCAAGUGGAGCGCCCACGUCAUGGAGGUGUACUCUUGGAAGCUGGUUCAUCCCACAGACAAGUUCUGCAACAAGGACUGUCCUGGCACCGCGGAGGAAUAUGAGAGAGCCACACGCUACAAUUACACCAGUGAGGAAAAAUUUGCCUUCGUUGAGGUGAUCGCCAUGAUCAAAGGCCUGCAGGUGCUCAUGGGCAGGAUGGAGAGCGUCUUCAACCAGGCCAUCAGGAACACCAUCUACGCGGCAUUGCAGGACUUCGCCCAGGUGACGCUGCGUGAGCCCCUGCGGCAGGCGGUACGGAAGAAGAAGAAUGUCCUCAUCAGUGUCCUACAGGCAAUUCGAAAGACCAUCUGUGACUGGGAGGGAGGGCGAGAGCCCCCUAAUGACCCAUGCUUGAGAGGGGAGAAGGACCCCAAAGGUGGAUUUGAUAUCAAGGUGCCCCGGCGUGCUGUGGGGCCAUCCAGCACACAGGCCUGCCAGUGGUCCCCGAGGGCUUUGUUUCACCCCACUGGUGGCACACAGGGCCGAAGAGGCUGCCGAUCCCUGCUGUACAUGGUGCGGACCAUGCUUGAAUCACUCAUUGCAGACAAAAGCGGCUCCAAGAAGACCCUGAGGAGCAGCCUGGAUGGACCCAUUGUCCUCGCCAUAGAGGACUUUCACAAACAGUCCUUCUUCUUCACACAUCUGCUCAACAUCAGUGAAGCCCUGCAGCAGUGUUGUGACCUCUCCCAGCUCUGGUUCCGAGAAUUCUUCCUGGAGUUAACCAUGGGCCGACGAAUCCAGUUCCCCAUCGAGAUGUCCAUGCCCUGGAUUCUAACGGACCAUAUCCUGGAAACCAAAGAACCUUCCAUGAUGGAGUAUGUCCUCUACCCUCUGGAUCUGUACAACGACAGCGCCUACUAUGCUCUGACCAAGUUUAAAAAGCAGUUCCUGUACGAUGAGAUAGAAGCGGAGGUGAACCUGUGUUUUGAUCAGUUUGUCUACAAGCUGGCAGACCAGAUCUUUGCUUACUACAAAGCCAUGGCUGGCAGUGUCCUGUUGGAUAAACGUUUUCGAGCUGAGUGUAAGAAUUAUGGCGUCAUCAUUCCGUAUCCACCGUCCAAUCGCUAUGAAACACUGCUGAAGCAGAGACACGUCCAGCUGUUGGGUAGAUCAAUUGACUUGAACAGACUCAUUACCCAGCGCAUCUCUGCCGCCAUGUAUAAAUCCCUGGACCAAGCUAUCAGCCGCUUUGAGAGUGAGGACCUGACCUCCAUUGUGGAGCUGGAGUGGCUGCUGGAGAUUAACCGGCUCACGCAUCGGCUGCUCUGUAAGCAUAUGACGCUGGACAGCUUCGAUGCCAUGUUCCGAGAGGCCAAUCACAAUGUGUCCGCCCCCUAUGGCCGUAUCACCCUGCAUGUCUUCUGGGAACUGAACUUUGACUUUCUCCCCAACUACUGCUACAAUGGGUCCACUAACCGUUUUGUGCGGACUGCCAUUCCUUUCACCCAAGAACCACAACGAGACAAACCUGCCAACGUCCAGCCUUAUUACCUCUAUGGAUCCAAGCCUCUCAACAUUGCCUACAGCCACAUCUACAGCUCCUACAGGAAUUUCGUGGGGCCACCUCAUUUCAAGACUAUCUGCAGACUCCUGGGUUAUCAGGGCAUCGCUGUGGUCAUGGAGGAACUGCUAAAGAUUGUGAAGAGCUUGCUCCAAGGAACCAUUCUCCAGUAUGUGAAAACACUGAUAGAGGUGAUGCCCAAGAUAUGCCGCUUGCCCCGACAUGAGUAUGGCUCCCCAGGGAUCCUGGAGUUCUUCCACCACCAGCUGAAGGACAUCAUUGAGUACGCAGAGCUCAAAACAGACGUGUUCCAGAGCCUGAGGGAAGUGGGCAAUGCCAUCCUCUUCUGCCUCCUCAUAGAGCAAGCUCUGUCUCAGGAGGAGGUCUGCGAUUUGCUCCAUGCCGCACCCUUCCAAAACAUCUUGCCUAGAGUCUACAUCAAAGAGGGGGAGCGCCUGGAGGUCCGGAUGAAACGUCUGGAAGCCAAGUAUGCCCCGCUCCACCUGGUCCCUCUGAUCGAGCGGCUGGGGACCCCUCAGCAAAUCGCCAUUGCUCGCGAGGGUGACCUCCUGACCAAGGAGCGGCUGUGCUGUGGCCUGUCCAUGUUCGAGGUCAUCCUGACCCGCAUUCGGAGCUACCUGCAGGACCCCAUCUGGCGGGGCCCACCGCCCACCAAUGGCGUCAUGCACGUCGAUGAGUGUGUGGAGUUCCACCGGCUGUGGAGCGCCAUGCAGUUCGUGUACUGCAUCCCUGUGGGAACCAACGAGUUCACAGCUGAGCAGUGUUUCGGCGAUGGCUUGAACUGGGCUGGUUGCUCCAUCAUCGUCCUGCUGGGCCAGCAGCGUCGCUUCGACCUGUUCGACUUCUGUUACCACCUGCUAAAAGUGCAGAGGCAGGACGGGAAGGAUGAAAUCAUUAAGAAUGUGCCCCUGAAGAAGAUGGCCGACCGGAUCAGGAAGUAUCAGAUCUUGAACAAUGAGGUUUUUGCCAUCCUGAACAAGUACAUGAAGUCCGUGGAGACAGACAGUUCCACUGUGGAGCAUGUGCGCUGCUUCCAGCCGCCCAUCCACCAGUCCUUGGCCACCACUUGCUAAGCAGAAGAUCCUGCAGACCCUUAUCUGGAGGAGGAAGAGAAGCAGGAGAGAGAAAGCCACAGCCAGCCUGCCAUAGGAUCCAACUGGACAACGUGUGGGAUGGACCUGGAAACAAGCACCUCCCCAAACACAUCACCACUCCCUAGGGCGGGGCCUGUGCAUGCUCUCCCAUGACAUCUCCAUGCUGGUUUCUCCAUAGCAUAAAUGAAAAAAAGAAAAAGUAAA